UCGACGCGGACGUUCGGUCGCGAGUUCCCGCGGGAGUGCCGAUAUUCCUCCUUCGAGUCGCGGUCCUUCCUUAGAUCGGUUCCCGAUCCGGGCCGCCGGGGAUCGAUCCCGAUCGGAAGUCCGUGCCCGCGAGUGCCAAACGGCAACGACGGAUGCGGAGGUGUGCCUACCCUCGACGCGCCCUGGAUACCGGUCCGGAUGGAUUAGCGGCUCGCCGCAGGUAAUUGCAUGCGAAGGGACCUCCGUCACGACCCGGCUACCAUGAUACAGGGCGAGCCGCGGAACAGGGCACGAAGGAGUCCCCCAGGGGCCGGAACGACCACCUCGACGUCAUCUCGGUCCGGAAAUGACUGUGACGAGCGUGGCCAUAGGCCCGGAUAGCCUCGUCGCAGCCCAAGCGAUGCUCGCCCCGAAGAGUCGACGCCUGCAGGAGGGGAUCGCUUCGGACUCGACGCUGCCCGUUCCUCGAGACGGCUACGACGCGCCGGCGAGCAAGAGCAAGAAGUCCUGGAGCGUGCGACUGCGACUAUGUCGACCGAGCCAGGGUCAGUAUCGAGGACGAGAGGUGCAGGAGGACCGCCAACAAGGACCCGAUUCCGGAAGGUCCUGGGGCACCAGAACCGUGAGCGCGGGUUCCGGUCUGCCCUGGACAUCGCACCCAUGGAUCUAUGGGAGUGUCCGAGGUGGAUCGGCGUUGGUGCCCAUGGUACCGAUGCCGGUACCAGGACCAACCGCCCCUGCAGGAUCUCCCUUGGCAGGCGCGCCGGUCUUGGUGGUCUGCUCCUGUCCAGAAUUCCUCAACGGGACGGCCAGGAAACUCGGAAACUGCAGGAAAUGCGGAGGACACCGACUGGCCGGUCUCCCCUUCGGAGGAACCUGCAGAGUUCCUUCCUCGAACGCGCGGUCCAGGCCCAGUCUCGCGGGUAUGUUCCGCCCACCUGCUGACGACCCCUACGACCUGGUGCGACGCGGUCGCCUGAUAGAGCCGAAAUCUCGAGCAAGAAGCAUAUCUCCUCGUCGACGAUCAUCCUUAAAAGACUCGAGAAGUCGGAGCAUGGCAAGGAACGCGUCCUACACGUCCGAGGGAACGUCGCCGACGACGGAGUGGUGCGACUCCGAGGACAACGACGGGGGAGACGACGAAGGCGACGACGUCGGUUCGCGCCCUCGCCUGGAAAACCAUCGGCAGGACUCGAUGGAGUCCUGGAGAACGGCCACGCCGGAUGCGAGCGAGGAAUCGAGCAAGACGAAACGCGAAGCGUCCGAGAUGGCGAUGUUGAUGUCGACGACGACGUCGGGGGGUCCGGAUGCGAGGAAGCCGAAGACGAACGGCUCGGUGGAUUUAAGGAGAAGCAUCCUGGAGUGCGACAUCAACCCCUACCUGCUGGUGAAGAAGGGGCCCGAGGGUAGCGACGUGGACGACUCGAGCGACGGGUUGUCCGACAACGCCUUGGAGCUGGACGAGCCUCCCUCGAGGAUCUUCGACCCUAGGAAGAUCAAGUCCAUCGAGAGAGUCCCCGCCGGGAAGGCGGUGGCCGCCAUCGGUGGACAGAGGAUCAGGCUCUUCAGCGAGCACAAGAACCUCGGCAAGGGGGACGACUCUUCCAUCGACGGGAAAAGCGACGAGGAGGCGGAGAAGAGGGCGAGGAGGGAGGAGGAACCGUCAGAGACCGACGUGGGAAACGAGAUGGAGAGUGAGGAGAGCUGGGAAACGAUCGGCGACGAGGAGCAAGAGGAACGGAGGAAGCCACCCGACCGUGAACGACUAAAGGGAAAGGAGAUCGGAAGGAAGGAAGAAUACCAGAGAGAAUCGCGCCUGGGGAACUCGACAUGCAAAGUGUCACCCACCAGGCCGCCCAGGAAGCCGAAGGAGGCCCGCGUCGUCACCCUGAAAAGCAUCCUGAAGACCGACAAGAUGGAGGGCAAGAGGAAGAGCGUGCUCUUCAACGUCGAUAACGUGAUUUUCGCCCCGAAGAAGCCGAGUCGAGAGGAGGAUAGAGAAUCCUUCUCGGGGUUGAAAUUCCCCAGGAGUCGCUUAGCAUCUCCGGACCAAGGACAAGAGGAGCAAGGGGAUCUUGAAGUUUCGAAGGAGCCGGAAAGGCCGACCUUCAUCUCGGUACCGAAUAUCAGGGACCCUGACAUUGGGAAGAGAUACGACGCGAAGAAUCCAUCCGAACGAGUUAUCAAGAUCGACAAGUUCCUGCCAGCUGGGAGGGCCAGGGUGAGGGAAGAGCAGAACAAGUCCACGCAGCAAGGACGAUCUCUGCGGGAUGAUACGUCUUCAGGGUCGCUCGUUAAGAGGAGGUCCAGCUCGAACGGGACUCUUCGAGUUGCGGCGACCCUAGAGAAGAAACCGACGCCGUCGAUUUACAUCUCCAGGACGGGCACCGCGACGAGAACCGCUCCGGAACCGCCGGUUAGGUCGGACAGCGGACGUGGAACUGGGAAGGUUACUUCCGAGACCAUGCCCAGCGAGAUCAAAAGUGCCGAUCCUGGGGAAAAGACUACUCUUCAAGGACAUCAAGUCCCCAGCCUCGAAGGUUCUCCCGGCAAGCUGGCCCUGAAGAGGAGCUCGAGUGACCGGAUUGCGAGGAAUGUGGAGCAGCCUUGCAAGGACACCGCCUCGAUGCAGGAUAACGUGCAGUCGAGCCUCUCGAAACAGGCGCCUUGGAAUUCUCGGAAUUUCAGGAAGGAAUCUGAAGAGAGAACAGAGGACCCGAAGAGCGCCAACCACGAAGACUCGAGCGGACACGUGGAGGAAGCGAUCGUAGCAAAUCCUCGAACGAAACCGGAAGAGAACAAGAGGAGAGAGGAAGAAACGUCAGAUUUCUUUCAAAUCCUUGAAAAGGAACCUGAAGUGGUACCACCUUCGCCGACGCUGUCGCGGUCUCCGUCCACCUUGAGUUCCUGUACCUCGUCUUCGGCUAUUCCAGACGACGUGGAAACGAAAACGUCCACGAGUCGCUUGCCGAUAGGCAGAAGAACACCUUCGCCGACGGUGAUGGAGUUACCGUCGAUCGACACCGCGGUUGUUCGAUCAAACGCGGAGCACUUUCCGAGGAUGAGACCCACCAGUUGGUCACCUCCUCCUGGGAGGGACCGGAGGUCGAUCAUCCAGAGCAACACCACCGAGUCUUUUAAUAAACACCCCGGCAUGGCGCCGCCUCGUUGGAGGAGGCAAACACGGCUGAAUCGCCAGAAUGAGGAGACACUGGUAGAUGCUGAAGAACCGAGGUCCUUUGGGGGGUCCAGGAUAGCGAUAGGCAACCUGGAUGGGACUACAAGGGAGGACAACGUCUGCAAGAUCACAGUCAGUCCCCCGGCCCAGCCAGCUCUGGUUCAUCACCUGAGAAUUGGACCUGGUGACACCUUGAAGAGUCGCCACAACGAGGGGGAACGCCGCACCUCGAUCAUGAUCAGCGCCGAUCGAGGCAACCCUACGGAUGCCGGGAAUGCGAACAAAGUCACCAUCAGCGUGGGUGGAGAAGACAGUCCUUGCAACCCUACGGUCAUCUCGGUGAACUCCGACCCCACCUCCGUCCCCAGAGUCCGGAGCUUCUCAGAGAGCAACCGCACCCUGGUCAUUCUCGAGAACUACAGAUCCAACAUAGUGGUCCAGUCGACGGCGGUGGAUGCCGAGGAGAAAGGGGUCGAGAAAUCCCUGAAGACGUGCUCCGUGUCGGUGGACUCCUCCUCGACCUCGAGGAUGAGCGUCAAAAAAAUCGAUGAGAAUGGAAAUGCCGAUUGCAACGAAGAAGAAGAUAAGGUUAAGGUUAAAGAGGAAGACGAUGAGGAGGGGUCUGGGAGGGAAAGCGCGACAAGGGAUGCGAGCGACGAAGUCGUCGAAGGGCCGAAGGAAGACAAGAGGGAGGGUCGAGUGCUGCCCUCGAAGAGGAAGAGGAAAAGGCGACGGAGGAGACGGAAGCAGAGAGACAAGGGUCGGAAGCAGGAGGACGAAGACGAGGACGAGGACGAGGACGAAGAUGAAAAAGAAGAGGAAGGCAUCGCGGACGUGGAUUGCCACAGCGAAGAGGAGGAGGAGUCCUCGGCGGAGAUCCUGAAGAGAUGCGCCGCACUCUCGAAAGAAGCCGCCAUUUCUAAACUGCUGGAGGACUCGCUUCGCAAGGCCAGGAUGAACGGUGAGAUCCUGAACGACAGCAGCGAGGAGGCCAUCCUGGAGAUCCUGAAGCAGACCCUGUUGAAGUCGGAGUCCCAGAACACCAGGAUCACGGCUUCUCAGGACGCGUCCGAGAAAGGACUUCCCGACGAGAGCCUCUUCCGCGAGGAAAAUCCUUACGAGAUCAUCAAGGAGCCCAUUUACGAGGAAAUUCCCGACGAGCCCCCUCCCUUGCCCCUGAGUCCUCCACCCGUGGAGGACCGCUUCAGGGACAGGAUCUUCCUCGAGGACGAGGCCCCGGGAACGAGAACUUCUUAUUAUUCCGAGAUCGACAAUGGCCAGUUCCUCGAGUCUUAUUUCCCGAGCACUCUUCUUGCAAAGGGGACGGACCUGGUUACGACUUCCUACAAGUCCGACGUCUCCGAGAACCUGACAAAGCCCAGGUCAACGGAUUCCUCAACGGAGCGGAAUCUGUCGGCCAAGUUCGAGCUCCUCAACUUCCUGAUCGACAACAAAGUCGAAAAGGACUCGUCUCCUCCGGCCGAGGACGAAGAGGCCGACGAAGGGGACGACCGCGUAGAGACCGAGAACGAGCAGGGCGAAGCCGAGGAGGAGGAGGAAGACGCCGAGGGCAUCCUGGAAGCUCUAUACGAGAGAAAGGAGACCACCAACCUUGGGAAUCUCAACUUGAAUUACAAGAACUUGCACGUCUCCAGCGUUUCCGACAGCAGUGAGGAGAACUCCUUCGCCCUUGCCAAGACUGGGGACACUUCGAAGAAACGAAAUGUGGACAUCGAACGUACCGACAGCGGAGUAGGAUCCGAGAGUAGCCAAGCUAGUAGUACCAGAGGUGACCUGGCCAGACGUCGAAGAACGGGAUGUUCCACGAUUGGUCCACCGACGACUUCCGUCAACUCGAAGCUCUGCGAAGAUUGCGAGCAGCGUCUCGAGCCCCUCGUAACAGAAAGCGGCGUCGUCUACGCGCCCUUCGUCUGCCGGAAGUGCUCGAAGAAGCGCGCAGAAAGGAAGGAGAUCAUCACCGAGAUCGUAGAGACGGAGCACAAGUACGGCAGGGACCUGCAGAUCAUCCUCGAGGAGUUCUACCGACCCAUGCUGAGAGCCGGGCUGCUGACCAGGGAACAACUCUCCGCCAUCUUCCUGAACGUCGAAGAACUCCAGGAACACAACGUCGUCCUCGCUCGGAAAUUGAAAACUGCCGUCGAGCUUGCCCAGGAAUCCGGAGACGAGGAUUUAGUCACGGUGGACGUCGGCGAGAUCUUCCUCGAGUCUGAAAAAAUGUUUCGGGCAUUCGAGAGGUACUGCACUCGCCAGGGCAACGCGAGCUUGUUGCUGCAGAACCUGGAGAAGGAGAAGGAAUUGCUGAGGAUAUUCCUCCGGGUGUCCCAGAUGGAGAACGCCGUCCUCCGCAGGAUGAACUUGAACUCCUUCCUCAUGGUACCUGUACAAAGAGUAACCAAAUACCCUCUGCUGCUGGCCCGCCUCUCGAAAACGACGCCGCUGGUCAGGUCGGAUAUUCAAGAGGCAAGGAAGAGGCUGAAGCAGGCUCAGGCAAACGUCGAGAUGCACCUGGAGCACAUGAAUGCCAUAGCGAAAGACGUGACGUCCACCAAACUGUGGCGGAGGAUAUCCAUUAUUCAGCACAACAAACGGUCCGCCGAGGAGCAGGACACGGUGAACAUUAAACUUAGAAGGAUGGCGGUUCGCAUCCUGGAGUGGGACCACGAAGAAGCCAGGUUCGUCCUCGAAGGACGACUUCUAGUUGCUCAACCUACGGAUAAUAAUUGGCGACGAGGACGCACCGUCAAGCUCGUCCCGGUUAUCGCGAUGCUCGUUGUCAAUGGAAAACCAAAUCCUGCCCUGCUCGACUCGGCCGAGGAGACUAUUCUUCCCAAACAAUUCGGAGUCAAAGAAGCGACCUUACUCCUGGUGAAAGAAAAAAUCGGCCGAUACUCGUUACUGAGGGAGCCGCUUUGCCUGGACAGGUGUAUCGUUUGCUGCGAGACCGACCUCGAGGACUACUUCGAGAUACAGGAGCUGUCCUCGAAGGAGACGUUCAUCUUCAAGGCCGACGACGAAGCCAAGACGAAGAGGUGGUGCAGGACGCUUCAGGUUCACGCUCAGUCGCUCGGCGCUUGGCGUCGUCGACGUGGAGCCUUACCGAAUAUCAUGAUUUGCGGCAUCGCUAGGCACUAGUCAGCGAAUUUUGACAAAUGCUCCGGAAACGAGGGAAAGGUGCCUCGGUUUCCACGAGCAAUUAUUUCCGUCCUAGCGCUCGAACGAGGUUUUCGGGCGUGGCUUUAGGCACGCAUUUGUAUAGACAUUUGUGCAACGGUGAUCGCAACGCGACACGUAGGACAACGACGAUGACGGUAAUGGUACCAUAGGUGAUAGUAAUAUAUGCGUACGUUAGACAUGGGAGAGAUAAAAGCCGUCGCGUUAGCCUCGAAAGGAAGAGUAGCUGUGAUAUCGGUCGAUAUACUGGGAGUUCGCAACUAAUGUUAGGUAAGGGUCUUCUAAAUGUGCAUUUUUUAUGGACGCGAUAGUUCCCUUCCCGUAUCUUUUUUUUCUCCUAGAAAUCUGAGAUACGUGGCAAGGAUUUCUCCAUAACGCCGGAAAUGGGGCAAUGGUUUUUAAGAUUAAAAACGUGAUGAAAUUAUAUGGAUAACUGGCGCCAUCGCGUGACCAGUUGGGGUAAUUCCGAGCGUACACGCUUUUCCGUCCUUCCUGCUCUACGAGGGCGCGAUUGUAAAAAGGAUUAACAGUAUUUUUCGCAUCGUUAACAUUAUCGUACGAUUAGCAACUCGCGUAUAUUUAUGUGUAUGUACGUAACUAAGCAGGAAUUAGAUCGAGGUGGUUCCGAAUUACAACGUACGAAUGUUAUGUACAAGAGUAUACGUGUGGAUGUAUACGUUAUACCGCAUUUUAUUUAAGCUUUAAUCUGUUGUACAUACACACGUUUACACCGAGCUCGUACGGCUCUACGCGCAUUGAAACCACUACCAUACUAAAGUGUGACAGAGCUUACGUUUUAAUAAAAACAAGAAAACGAUA